UUUGACUAGUCAAAUGAUGUCAUCCACCACUGACCUCUCUCUCUCUCUCUCUCUCUCUCUCUCUCUCUCUGUGUCAGACACACACGCACACAUAGCCUAUAUUGCGGGUUGAGCGGUGUACGAGGAAGUUUAAGUGUAUUAAAGCGUGUGUGUUUGUGUGUGUGUGUGUGUGUUGGUCGGUUGCGUGUCCGCCUCCCUCAAUUCAUUUCCUGAAUCCAGCUCCUCAGACACGCAGCGACAUGGGAGACAAAAACGCACGCUAAUGAACUAAAAUCUGGAAAAUGAAGCACGAAGCUCAGUUCCAGCCUGCAACAUUCUGACCACGACAUCCACCAAUGGGCUGAGGGCGUGGGCGGGGCCAGGAUGAGUGCCGAGCAGCUAUUGGAGGAGACGCUGAUCAAGCGUUCGCAGCAGAAGAAGAGGACGUCGCCGCUGAACUACAAGGAGAGACUGUUUGUCCUGACCAAGAACUCGCUGACCUACUAUGAUGGGAAAGCCGAGAAGAAGUUCAAGAGAGGCUCGAUCGAGCUGAGCCGCAUCAGAUGUGCGGAGAUCGUCAAGAACGGAGGCGGGAUUAUCCCCUGCCAGAACAAAUACCCCUUCCAGGUGGUGUACGAUAACAACACUCUCUAUGUGUUCGCUCCGAGUCACGACAGCAGAAGUCUCUGGGUUCAGAGCCUCAAAGACGAGAUCAAAGACAACCAGGUGAUCAUGGCGAAAUUCCACCCUCAGUUCUGGCAGGAGGGGGCGUGGCUCUGCUGUCGUCAGGUGGAUAAACAGGCUAUGGGCUGUGAGGAGUACAACCUGUUUGGAGAUAUUUCCAGAAAACCUUUACCCCCGAUUCCUGGAGAGGAACGUAAAGAAGGCAGGCAGCGACGGCCCCCUCCUCCACUCCCCGAAGACGAAGACGAAGAUGACGAUGAAGACGAAGACAAGGAGGACGUGGUGGUGGCGAUGUAUGACUUCCCGGGCACCGAACCACACGACCUGAGUCUGGUCAAAGGCGACGAGUACGUCAUUCUGGAGAGAAGUGACGUUAACUGGUACAAGGCGCGCAACAAGUGUGGUGAGGAAGGCUACAUCCCAAGUAACUAUGUAACAGAGAAGACAUCUGGAAACCUGGUGCAGUUUGUCUGGUACAGUAAACAAGUCAACAGGAACAAGGCAGAGGAGCUCCUGAGGAAGGAGGACAAAGAAGGAUCCUUCAUUGUCAGAGACUCCAGCACUGAAGGAACCUACACAGUGUCUCUUUACGUCAAGUCUGUCGGAGGGGAGGGAGGUGCAGCUAUAAAACAUUAUCACAUCAAGGAGACUACAGACGUUCCCAUUCAGUAUUACCUGGCGGAGAAACAUUUGUUCAGCUCUAUCCCCGAACUGAUCGAGUACCAUAAACACAAUGCAGCAGGUCUUGUAGCCAGGUUGAGGUACCCUGUAGGAAAAGAGGACAAAUCUGCUCCGUCCACAGCUGGCUUCAGCUACGAGAAGUGGGAGAUCAACCCCAGCGAGCUGACCUUCAUGAAGGAGCUGGGCAGCGGUCAGUUCGGUCAGGUGAGGCUCGGCAAGUGGAGGGCCCAGCACAAAGUCGCCAUCAAGGCCAUCAGGGAAGGAGCCAUGUACGAGGAGGACUUCAUCGAGGAGGCCAAGGUCAUGAUGAAUCUGUCUCACCCUAAACUGGUGCAGCUGUAUGGAGUGUGCAGCCAGCAGCGGCCCAUUUACAUCGUCACAGAGUUCAUGGAGCACGGCUGCCUGCUGAACUACCUCAGGCAGCGGCGGGGCGGCUUCAGCCUGGGGUCCCUGCUGAGUAUCUGCCUGGACGUCAGCGAGGGCAUGGAGCACCUGGAGAGCAACGGCUUCAUCCACAGAGACCUGGCUGCCAGAAACUGUCUGGUGAAUGACGCUCUGGUGGUGAAGGUGUCUGACUUCGGCAUGGCCAGAUACGUGUUGGACGACCAGUACACCAGUUCAUCGGGUGCUAAGUUCCCUGUGAAGUGGUCGCCUCCUGAAGUCUUUAACUUCUGCAAAUACAGCAGCAAGUCUGACGUCUGGUCCUUCGGUGUGUUGAUGUGGGAAGCCUUCACUGAGGGCCGUAUGCCGUUUGAACAGAGUCACAACCAUGAGGUCGUUACACUGAUAACCCAGGGUCACCGCCUCUACAGGCCCAAAAUGGCCACACCUGCCAUCUAUGACAUCAUGCAGCGCUGUUGGCAUGAGAGACCGGAGGAGCGCCCGUCUUUCUCUAAGAUCUGUAUAAUGAUCUCCGACGCUCUGGACAGUGACACCGCUCCCCCGAACUGACCAACUGACCAAUCAGCUGUUUUCACCAUUCGCGCCAUAUGCGGCGUGUGCCAUGUUGGCCCCGAACUCCUGCUCCUCGACCAUUUCUGUGGUUCUUGAAGGUGUUAUCUAAUUUAUAGAAAGUGCUAUAGAAAGGACGACAACAUGGAGAACUCGGUGUAAAGGUGCUAAAACUGACACUCACGUUUGUUUAAUCCAAUCAAGUCACUUCAGAUCUGCUCAACCAGAACAACUCUGGGACGGCAGCUCACGUUGUCUUAAGAAGCCUUUUAAAGUUUGUUGCACAAACACCUGUAUGAACUAACGGCAAUACAGAAAAUGUGUAAAAGGCUCUCAUGGUGGACACGUGAGCUUAGGAAGCAUCUGCCUGCUUGUCUGUGUAGCUGAAUGCAUCCGGUCUGCCUCCCAGUCGGACAUGGGGCUUUGGUCAGAGAUCUGUCUGUGACAAAUGGAUGAAAGUGAGCAGACUAUGAACACACUAUGAAGCUUCACUUUCAUCCCAGUAAAGACUCAGCUGUGUGUUCCUGAGACAUUAAAGGAAUCUCGCCAAGUCAGGAUAUCAGUUUUUGUUUUUGUUUCGUUUGUUGUUUAAUACCAACGUCUGACAAUUUUUUGCUGGAGCAGCACAAAUCUGUCAUUACAUCCUGCACAUUAAUGUUAAAGAGACUGACUGUCAUUUAACUUUUGGUUAUAUUUCCAUGAUAAAGAACAUUUUCAGUCUGUUUGUCAGGUGUGGCGUUCCCUGUGAACAUGUCUGGUCUUACAGUGGGCACACAUUAGAUUAGACAGAGUUUCUCUACCUUAUGUUCAUGUCUCCGUGCUCCUCGUGUGUUCUGGGAAUUAUUCCAGUCCACCAGCAGGAAGAACAUCUCAAUUCCCUCAUUGCUGUUCAGAGGCGCGAGGAGGUUUUUCUGAAACUGAAACAUCCUUUAUUGGAAAUCUGCUGAUCUGAUACUGAGCUGCAACUGAUGGUUAUUUUCAUUUUCAAUUAAUCUGUCGAUUAUUUUCUCGAUUAAUUGACUAGUUGUUUGGUCUAAAAUUGUCA